CUAAGCCUACUCACACUCACACACACACGCGCGCUCUCACACGCUCUCACACUUAGUGCGGCGCGGGUUAUUAUGAAGCUCAACCUUUUCGGAAUAUAAAAGCUAAUCCGAAGGAGCCUGGGUACGCUUUGCUAAACCAGGGCUCGUUUGCUGUGCUACUGGGAAAUUACUGUGUUUAAAGGAAGGGAGAUACCAUGGCAGAGCACAUGAUGAUGCCAAUGAGCCACAGCCAAGCGAAUGGCAACCUGCAUGGCUACCGAAUGGGCAUGAAUGGCCAGCAGCAUACUCCCCAGCCUGGCCUACGAGCCAUGCCCAAUGGACAGAUGAUGCAUUAUGGGCCUCAGGGAGCCAUGCAGCGGCCCAACAUUGUGAUGAAUGGGCAGAUGAAUGGAGGCGCGAUGGGUCAUCACCAAAUGCAGUCAGCCAACAUGAUGUACAGCAACCAGGGCCAGCAGCAUCAACAGCAUCAUAUGCACCAGCAGCAUCAUCAAGGGCAACAGCAGCAGUACAUGCCCGGAGGCCUCAACUCCCAGCAGCUCAUGGCCAGCAUGCACCUGCAGAAACUGAACACCCAGUACCACGGGCACCCGCUCAGUACCAUGAAUGGGCACCAUGUGCCAAACGGAGCUCAGUUUCGUAUGGGUCCAGCUCAGCUGGCCAACGUGCAGCACAUGGGCGGUCCUGCGCUGGGCCUCAACGGCAUGGAUGCUGACCUGAUUGAUGAGGAGGUUCUUACAGCGUUAGUCAUGGAGCUGGGACUGGAUAGAGUACAGGAGCUGCCAGAACUGUUUCUCGGACAGAACGAGUUUGAUUUCCUCCCAGACUUUGUCAGCAAACAGCAGCCCAGCACAGUCAGCUGCUGAGGUAUAUAGAAUGAGACACUGAAAGGGUGAACGAUGCAGUAAAAGGUGAUAAUUACCCUGUUCAUAGUCUUGGAGAGAACUGUCUCUGCAAAGUAGAGAACAGGCAGAUGUUUCUCUGGUUCACUACUGGAAAGAGUGAUGGAGCUCCAGCCAGCCAGAGCUGUAUCCCUGUUGGGAUGGGGUAGUAAAUAAUACCCCUGUCCUUCCAGACAUGAAUGUAACGACAUUGCUGAAUUAUGACCUUGGUGCAAUGUAAAGCGCUCUUAGUUCUCAUAGCAGUUUUGCAUUCACACGUAACUUGUUUCUGUUCACUCAGUACCAACAUAGAUUGCAAAGCUUUGCUGAGGAAGUUCUGUGCAGGAUGUUGUGUUGCAGUUUUGAUUGGGGGAUGGGGUUUGGGCUUCGAAAAUGUGUUCCUUGAUGCUCUGUAGUCUUAUGGUUUGGUGUUGAACUGAACUGGGAGAUUCCCAUUUGUAAUGAACUGGUCACCAACAGUAUUAACUGGAUUAGUCAGCUAUGUAUGUGCUCCAUUACAUGUACCAAGCAAGCCCAUAUUACAGUAUCUACUGUGGAUUUUGCCAUCAUAAAUGUAGAACUGCCUUAAAUCAACACAGUUUUUAUUUGUUUGAUUGACCUUUUGAGGUUAGGAGGGGUUAAGCAUUUUGGCUUUGCUACUUUUUGUUAAUAAAGCUGGCCAAGUUUGAUCUGUGGCCUGAUUUUAUGUUCUUCUCUGAAUUUACUGGACUAACAGAGAGAAUGCUGCUGAAAUCAAUAAAUAGGCCACGAGUUGCCAUCUUGCAUCCUUUUUUGUUUUCGAGGCUUUAACAGUGAUCUUGUCUAGGCAUGAUUUUAAGAGUGAUGCAUCUCCAAAAACGUAGGCACAAGCCAUAUUUUUCUGUCUUCUUCUUCUGCUUCUACUUGACACUAAAUGGUAGCCACUAGUGUGCACUGAUCCUCUUGCAUGCUAGUCAUAUUUUACAGAUCUAAAACCUUGUUCGUUCUGCCCACUUAUCUGUUCUAUUGAUCAAACGUGAUCCAUUAGGUGUAUUUGCUGACUUCAUGACCCAUAUCCAAGCACAUUACCACAUAAUGUAUGUUGUUGUUUUGUUUUUGUUUUUUUUUAUGUUUGAACAAAUGGUGUAUGUGUGUUUUGUUUGUUUGGUGGGGGUGGGGUGAUCAGCGAGAACAGUCCAGGUUAAUCUGUGCUUACCUUGACUAUGCAGGCUCUUCAUGCCUGCAGAUUUUGCAUCUGAGAACAGAGAGCAUUGGCUCCAUUUAUGGCCACGUUCUGCUCGACCUUCUGGAGGGGGUUGCGAUGGCAAGCCGUUAACGCUCCUUUUGUCAUUUCUUGCUUUUCAAAGGGGGAGGGAACAGCAGGGCAGAGGUUAUGUAGAUGCCAAUAAUGGACAUGCUUCUUUAAGGAGAAAAUGCAGGCAAGCUGAAGAUGGUUUAAUUGAAAACUUUCAGUUUCUGGAUCUAGCACCCUAGAGCUUGUUUAUUCUGCCCAGGUCAGCCAAUUUGUGUUGUGCUUGAGGGGUGAACUGUAAUGCUGUCACACUGUAAAUUUAUAGUAGUCUUACAAUAUAUAUAAUUGACUUUUCCUGGCUUGACAUUUUAUUCCUUGGGAUGGCAAUUGGAAGCUAAGCUGACCCUCGCUCAUGGCUGCCUCAAUAUCAGGGUGGAUAUAACUGGUCCUUUGCCUUUUCUCUUGCUUUUGUCUGAAGAAAAUGUAUUUAUUUUAAGCAAUAAUAAACUAUUUUAUUUAUGGAACAAUU